AUGAAAUACCUACAAGGACAAGGCAAAGAGAAAGAGACCGUCCAAAGGCACAUUCAAGGAAGUAAGCCAGUUCAGAAAGCCCAUCUUCCUUCCUCUAGGAGAAUGCUGCGAAAGGGGACGAAGCAUGGCACGAGGACCUUAGCAAUACCUGUUAGGAAAGUGCCUAGCCCGAAGAAGGGAAGACGAGGCAUAGCAAAGGCUAAGGCGAUGGAAGCAAGACUGAGUCCCUGUGGAGAAGGCCAAUUUUGCUUUGAUACGAAGGAGUUCAUUAGCUGGUUGAAAGACAGAAUUAAGACUGUAGGGAAGAAUUUGUGUGUUAUCAACCAAGGAGUGCCUGGUAGGAUGUCGUGGGUGCCUACCUGGAAGGCUCUUCCAACCCGGUUGAGAAAUUUGUCAACAGGAGGGGUCCGAAGGCGCUGGCGAAAGCUAGUGGAUACCCGGUUACUCAAGGUCUAUUAUGGCCAGAGCGAAUCGGGUUUGUUUCCAUUCUGCGAAAAGAAUGAUGCAUUCUCCUGUAUGGAUGAAAUGAAAUUCAGGAGGACUGUGUCCUCUUCUUUAAAAGAGCUAUCAGCAGAACAAAAACCUCGGAAGAUGGGCCGACUAGGUCAGGUUGUUGAGGGAGGUGGCAAAAGCCUUCUAUUCGCCAUUGGGAACUACCUUAAUCAGAGGUUGUUACACCCCUUACAUGUUUGGGUGGCGGAGGUCUUAAGACGUCUCCCCCAAGAUGGGACUUUUAACCAAACACAGCCUUUUGAUCGACUGUACCUAUUUGACCGCUCCUUUGCCUCAAGUGUGGUUAAUUCUGCAUUUGCAUGCAAUAUCUUUGUUGUUAAACUUAAACGAAGGUUCUCUCAAGUAUGCUUUGUGGCAGGGCAGCCGUUGGGAUAUCACGGUUCUUGGCCUACUUUCGCGCUAUCACACCAUAUAUUAAUGUGGUGGUGUACGGAACAGGUGCACCCUGGUGUACGCUUUACAUCGUACGCGGUACUCGGUGAUGAUGUUGUCAUUGCCGAUCAGGAAGUCGCCAAAGUCUAUGAAUCUGCUUUGGGUGGAUUGGGGGUAACAAUAAGUUCUCAAAAGUCCUUGAUCGGUUCUGCGGAGUUUGCUAAAUGCUUCAGGGUUAGGGAAUUGAGAAAAGAUCUCUCUCCUAUCUCAAUUCGGAGUUUUUGA